AUGUUUUGUAGGACUGGUGCUGUUGGUAAAGCAUUAAGAAUAGAAAAAGUUCAGUAUUCUGGUAAAGAAGGUAAAAGUUCUCAAGGUUGUCCGAUAGCUAAAUGGAUUAUUAGAAGAUCUGGACUAGAUGAGAAGUUUUUAUGUAUUGUCAAGAGAAGAAAAGGUCAUUUCUGUGAUAAAACAUAUAUAGUGAUAAAUCUGGUAGCAUGGGAAGGAGUGCCAGCUGAUACAGCAGAUGAAUUAUAUAACCAUCUUACUUCUUCUCUUACUAAAAAUGGUUUUGAAACAGAAAGACGGUGUGGAACCAAUGAAAAAAAAACUUGUGCUUGUCAAGGAAUAGACUUAGUGAAACGGGGUGCUUCCUUUUCAUUUGGAUGUUCAUGGAGUAUGUAUUUUAAUGGCUGUAAAUAUGCUAGAAGUAGAGAAGUUCGCAAGUUUAAAUUAAAAGAUACUUCAAAGGAAGAAGAAUUAGACAGCAGAUUACAAUCUUUAGCUUCUAUAGUUGGUCCACUGUAUGAAACAAUGGCUCCUGAUGCACAUAGAAAUCAGUGUGAAUUAAAAGGAGGUAAAGAAUGUAGACUUGGUUCAACAGAAAAAAAGCCAUUUUCUGGAGUGACAGCUUGUGUUGAUUUCUGUGCUCAUGCUCAUAAAGAUCUUCAUAACAUGAAUAAUGGUAGUACAGUGGUAACUAGAAUGAGAUCUACUCCUUUAACUCCAAAGAAGAAAGGUCGUAAAGCUAAUAAAGAUCAUCAAAAGAGUUUCCAUGAUCCAGAUGUUGGUGGUAUAGCUAUUGCUCUGUGUCAUGGAUCAGUAUUAUUUGAAGUAGCUAAACGUGAGCUUCAUGCUACUACGGCUUUAAAGAAUCCAAACCGUUACCAACCAACCCGUAUAAGUUUAGUAUUUUAUCAACAUAAAAAUCUAAACUUCCCCAAACAUGGAGCAGCAGAAUGGGAGAAGAAGUUAGAGAAAUUGAGAAUUGAGAAGUUGGAAAAGGGAGAAAAUAAGAGAAAGGAAUCUUUUGAAAAUGAAGUCAUUCCACCUGAAUUGAGGAUGAAGAAAAAGAAGAAAGAAAAUGACGAGGAGGAAGUAGAUUUUGCCACAACUUCUGCAGCACAAUAUAGAUAUAUGUGGGAAGCACCUGCAGUCCGUAGUCCUGCUUUAACAACAGAUUCUAUCAUAACACGCUGGAUAGAUCCUCAACCGAUGGUUACCGGUCCUUAUCAACGUUGGGUGCUUCCAUCAUGCUAG